CUAAAAUUCCACACCCAAAUCCCCUCCCAUUUAUCGCCCAGCCCUCUUAUUUUCUCUCUCCUUUCUUUCUCUACAUGCUAUCUCUGUCUCCUCAAAGCUGGGAGCUUUGAGAUCCCAUGAACUCUUUGUCGAAUAAAUUAUCAUUUCAGGGUUUUUAAUUUUCUUCCAAACAACAAACUUUCCCGGAAAGUUUCUGAAAAAAUCGACUUUUAUAGUUUGUGUCAGAUUCGAGAAUUCAUGUGAGAUUUGUAACUAACUUGGUGAGUAAUUUCUAGGGUUUUGGGUUCGUCAGCUGUGAAACAAAAAUGCCGGCUCACCGAUCGAAAUCGGAACGGCACGGUUCGUCGAAGCAGCUCCUGCGAGACCCCUAUGAGGUUCUCGGCGUUUCAAAGAACUCUACAGAUCAGGAAAUCAAAAGCGCGUAUCGUAAAUUGGCUCUCAAGUACCAUCCUGAUAAGAAUGCAAAUGACCCUCAAGCAGCUGAUAUGUUUAAGGAGGCUGCUUUUUCCUAUAAUAUUUUGUCUGAUCCAGAUAAACGGCGUCAGUAUGACACAGCUGGGUUUAAGGCUGUUGAAUCAGAAAGCCAAGACUUGGAGCUAGAUCUUUCUAGUUUGGGUGCUGUUAACACCAUGUUUGCUGCACUUUUUAGCAAACUUGGCGUGCCAAUCAAAACAGCAGUAUCAGCAACUGUCUUAGAGGAGGCACUGAAUGGUGCAGUAUUAAUUCACCCGCUUCCACUGGAACAACCAGUGCGUAGAAAGGUUGAUAAACAAUGCGCUCAUUUCUAUUCUGUUAGCAUAACAGAGGAGGAAGCACGAUCUGGAUUUGUGUGCCGGGUGCAAUCAUCAGACAAAAACAAAUUUAAGGAGGAUAGUGCAAAAACAGGAAAGCUUACAUCUGCUGGGAUGUAUUUUCUUGGUUUUCCUGUCUAUCGAUUGGAUCAAGCAUCUAACUCUAUGGCAGCAGCAAAGGAUCCAGACAUGGCCUUUUUCAAAAAAUUGGAGGCCUUUCAGCCAUGUGAAGUAUCUGAAUUAAAAGCUGGGACCCAUGUGUUUGCAGUUUAUGGCGACAAUUUUUUCAAAAGUGCAAGCUACACCAUAGAGGCUCUUUGUGCUUCACAGUUUACAGCGGAGAAGGAGAAUCUUAGAGCUGUGGAAACUCAGAUUUUGUCUAAGAGGGUGGAACUCUCAAAGUUUGAAACUGAAUACAGAGAGGUCCUCCAACAGUUUACAGAGAUGACCAGUAGAUACGCACAAGAAAUGCGAGCAAUUGAUGAACUUCUCAAGCAAAGGAAUGAAAUUCAUGCUUCUUACGCAGUUGCUCCUCCAAUGAAAAGGAGUGGUAGUAGAAGCAAGAAUAGAAGUGCAUCCAAGGAUGCCAAAGAUGAUGACCAAGUAAGAGAGAAGAAAUCUUCAACAAGAGAUAGGCCAAAGAAGAAAAAAUGGUAUAAUAUUCACUUAAAGGUGGAUAAGAGGAAACCUUGCUAAAGCCGGAGUUUAGUCUCUUCGAAAAAGUAUGGGGAAUCUUAAACUGUAUAUGAUUGGCGUAGCGUCUGCUAAGCUCAUGUGUUGCUUCACGAUCCAUGUAAGCAAAAACUAUUGGAUAUGUGAAGUGAUUCCUGCAGCAGGCCAUAAUUUUAAAUAAAACCAAACACUGGUCCUGGCAGAAUGGCAGGCAGCCUGUAAAGUAAUCGCGUAACUCAUUGUUAUUGUAAAUUUUUUUCCUCUUUUUCAUUUGCAUUUGUCGUUCUGUUGUUCUUUUCUCAGUAAUUUUCAGGCAUCAUAGCUGUAAAGUACAUAUUCUAUUGAUGGAGUUCUCUCUCAACCUUCGCUUGGGGUGUGCUUUGUGGGAUAGACCAUAUUUUUGCUGCCCACAGGAAUCUAGGGGAUAUAUUGGCUAUUAAUGAGGCAUACUAAUCUAGAAUAAAACUAUUUUAGUCCUUUAAUAUUGGCAACGAGAUUCUUGGUAGCAGAAAUUUCUUGUUUAUAUCCUUGUAUAGGUUUUGAGGUUUGUAAAUCCGAGGGAUAAUUGCUGUAAUUUUGUCCUUGCAAAUUAUGAGCUAGUAGUAGCGUUGAGAGGAAGGUUAGGUGUUUCUUUUUUGAGCCUCGGAUAAGUGACAAGUUGUUUGAAUGGCUGGAUUUUAAGCUGCAUCCAUGCUUUCCUGUAGCCAAUCGGUUAAUCCUAAAUGUUGCCUUGUGUGGUUUUUUAGUUUCA